CAUUCACUAUGAUGCCGUCUGUGCUGCUGCUGCUGCUCAUCAGCAGCACACAAGCUGCUCAUUUUUAUGGGACUAUGAUGACCUACUACCCGAAGGACGCUAUUGCUGAUGGAUCAGUCAACGUGACAGUUCGCUAUAAGCUCAGCUUCCACUCAUGUACAGAUGUGGCUACAUGGGUUUGCACUGGAAACUGUGGAAGUGAGUCCAUCGCGUUACAAAUAGUGGAUCAGGCAAGCAGCGGAGACUGGUGUCAGAGGGAGGGAGUCAUGACUCGGCUGGUUCCCAGCAACGCUCCAUUUCAGCUUGUACUGGCUAGUGGCAACUGGAUUAGCAACAUAAAUGGCAUUGUAAGUUGGAAAGCUGUGACUUAUGUUGAACUUAGAAACCGGUCAGACACCAGCAAAGCCAACACAUCACCGCAGACCACCAUCAUGCCAGCUGUGAGAGUUCCUUCAAACUGUCAAAGAGAUUUGAACUUAUUGGCAUUUGACCCAGAUGGAGAUGCGGUCACAUGCAGAUAUGGAAGUGAUGCAUUGUCAGAGUGUAACCCCUGCACACCACCGUCUGUCCUCAGCCUCUCACCUUCUUGUACGCUGUCAUUCAGCCCCACUAACAGCAGCAAUGAAGGUCUGUAUGCUGUGCAGCUGGUGGUGGAGGACUUUCCCAGUCAGACCAUCAACCUGACACAAACCAACGGUUCAUUGGUGGUGAAAACUACCAACGAUGCAAUCAGCAAGAUAUCUAUUCAAUUUGUUUUGAUAGUGGAUCCUGCUGUACCAUCCUGCACAGAGGGAGACUUUCUGCCCAAGUUGCUAUCUCCAACUCCAGCCAACAGAGCUCAGCUGUUCACCCUUGUUAAUCAGGCACUAGAAAUAACCAUCAGAGCAGAGGCUGCUAACUCCACGAUCUCUGAACUGCUGUUCAGUGGGCCAUACAACGUAAUCCAGAAUUCAACAGGCUCAGGGCAGUUUACCCUAAAAUGGACUCCAUCGGAUCAAGAAGAUGGAGAAAGCCAUCCCAUCUGUUUCAUCAUCCAGGCAAAUUCAUCUAGUGGCGCUCUAUAUCACUCUGAGCUUCGAUGUGUCGUUGUGACAGUCGGAAACAGCUCAUCAGUAACUAGAACGCCUUCUGUGAGAAUCGCAUCAUUGAUUACAACAACUGAACAGCCUACAACCAUGACAACUACAGCUGCACUGACUACAACAACCGAACAGCCUACAACCAUGACAACUACAGCUGCACUGACUACAACAACCGAACAGCCUACAACCAUGACAACUACAGCUGCACUGACUACAACAACUGAACAGCCUACAACCAUGACAACUACAGCUGCACUGACUACAACAACCGAACAGCCUACAACCAUCACAACUACAGCUGCACCGACUACAACAACCACACACCCUACAACCAUGACAACUACAGCUUCUCAGACUACAACAACCACACAACUUACAACCACAUCAUAUACAGCUGCACUGACUGGGCCAACCGAACAGCCUACAACCAUGGUAACUACACCUGCACUGUCUACAACAACCACACAGCCUACAACCAUGACAACUACAGCUGCUCUGACUACAACAACCAUACAGCCCACAACCACAUCUACAGCUGCACUGCCUACAACAACCACGCAGCCUACAACCACAGCAACUACACAUGCAUUGACUACAACUACCACACAGCCUACAACUAUGGCAACUACCCCUGCACCGACUACAACAACCGCACAGCCUACAACCAUGACAACUACAGCUGCACCGACUACAACAACCGCACAGCCUACAACUAUGGUAACUACAGCUGCACCGACUACAACAACUACACAGCCUACAACUAUGACAACUACAGCUGCACCGACUACAACAACCACACAGCCCACAACCAUGACCCCAUCUAAUACUACACUAAUUACAACACCUGCCUCUGGCCCAUUUUUUGUUAUUGCUGUCAACAUAAGGAUGUCUACUACACUGUCAUUGGAAAAUAACAUUGAUGCCAUCCUUACACAGCUUAAAGAGGAACUGGUAAGACGAGGCCUCCCAUCAAACAUAAGCCUACGCCUUCUGAGGAGUAAAAAACUGGAAAUAACAACCACACCUGGCGGUUGAUUGAUUAUGGGCAUGCAACUGAUCCCUGCUGAGAUAUACACAUAAACAUAUACGUGUCUGCGUGUGGUGUGUACACUCUCUCUCUCUCUCUCUCUCUCUCUCUCUCUCUCUCUAUAUAUAUAUAUAUAUAUAUAUAUAUAUGUAUAUACACUGCGUUCAAAAGUUUGGGGUACUACAGUUACUUCC